UGGGAUCCUGCUCCUCACUUUUGUAUGUGCAGCUGUGAUUUCGAGAAUCAGUAGUGGAAAUGUCUUCUGUUGUAAAACAACAUGGAAAAAGGUCUCUGGUGAUAGAGGCCGCCAGGACAGGCGACACAAAGAGGCUGAUGUUGGUGGCCAAGACCAGAGCUGACAUGAAUGUGGUCGAUCCGACCCAUGGGUUCACCCCACUGCUCUGGGCCUGCCAAGCUGGUCAUCUGGAGUGCUUGCUCUGGCUUCUCCUGCAUGGAGCAGAUGUCUCCUACCAGACCAGUAAAGGAUGGACUGCUGGGCAUGUGGCAGCCAUAACAGGACAAGACCAGUGCAUGAAGGCACUCAUUGAGCACAGGAUUGACCUCACAGUGAGAGACUCCAGAGGCUGCACCACAGCACAUCUGGCAGCAGCCCAUGGCCACGCUGGGACCCUGCACACCGCCCUACGCCAAGGAGUGGACGUGAACACUACGGACAACAGCGAAUGGAUGUCUAUACACCAUGCUGCGUUCCAUGGGAGACUGAACUGCAUGCAAACUCUCACCAGAUGGGGAGCCAAAAUACACUCAGUGGACUACAAUGGAAACACACCAGCUCAUCUGUCUGCGGCGGAGGGUCACCUUAUGUGCUUCAAAUAUCUGCUUGCAAAGUGCUCGUGUUUAUACCAUGGGAUAAAUAUGAGAAACAACCUCGGAGAGACGGCCAGAGAUCUCGCCCUACGCUUCAACAAGCUACCUGUGGUGGAGUUCAUUGGCGAAGCACUGGAGACAGCAACGCAGAGCAGGAGUGACUUGUUGGAGAUGAAAGCUUUAAAGUAUCCAGCCCACACUGCCGCUUACCGUGGAGAUCUGGACACUCUGAGGAGAAUUGUGGAGUCUGGAGUAGCCAACAUCAAUGAGAGAGAUGAAGAUGGCUCUUCUCCAAUGCACAAAGCGGCAGGUCAAGGUCACCUUCACUGCUUAGAGUGGCUGCUGGAGAUGGGUGGGAACUUCAAGCUCAAGAAUAACGCUGGAGAAUCAUCUCAGGACGUGGCAAAGAGGUUUGCUCAGUUAGCAGCAGUGAAGAUGCUCAAGACUGAGAAAGUGGACGUUGACACAGAGGAACUGAAGGCUAUGGGACCUUCACAGGUGACGGACAGUAAAGCAUUCAGCUCUACUGAAGAACAAAAUAAGGCAGAAAACACACCAAAUAUUGCAUCCGUCCAUGAUUCUAAUCAGAAGAACCUAGGAGUUAUUGGGGCUGGAGAUGAAGAUGUCGAUGUCCGAAGCACUACAAAGCAUCUGGCGGAGCAGCUGGAGGCAGAGAGAGUUCGCCGAGAGAAACUCGAGUCACAGAUGGACGACUGCUGCACAGAGCUCAGGCAGCUCAGACAGGCGCUGAAGAGGGUUCACGUGGCAGACUGCCCCUGCAGAAACCUUAAGUGAACUAGUAAGCUAGUAAGUAAGCUGUUGGAUAUUUGGUUCAGUAUUAGUGAAAUAUAGUAGUAAUAUAAAAGGCAUAUCUCACAGGAGCCCUGUGUGAGUGCUAUCACAAAGAUGACGAUGGUAAAAAAAAAAUUAAACAAAGAAUUAGUGAGGAAGACUAUGUAAGAUGUUGACCCGUACAACACCCAGAUCU